AUGAAUACAAGUAAUGAUUCCACAUCUAACACUACGCUCAACGCAAGUUCGGUAAAUUGGACCACCAAUCAAAUUGAUUCUAGCUCGAACUUACGAGUGCAAAUAAAUGAUUAUGAUAGUUACCAAACAUUUGCCACACGGUUAGAUCAAUAUUGUACACGCGUUACUCAAGUGCCUAUCAUUAGAAUAUACGGAUCGAUUUCUAUAGAUCAUAACGAAACCAAUCAGAAUAACACUUCCCCAAGCAUGAAAAAACAGAAACUAGAGAACCAAUCAUCUGUUUUCAAUGUUGUAAUACAUGUACAUAAUUUUUAUCCUUACAUUUACGUGACUUGUCAUGAAACAGACUACUCAAAGUUACAGGACGAGAAGUUCAUAGAGCUUGUGGUAAAUUAUCUUGAAUCGGCCCUAAAACUGUCAUUCCAGCAAAAAAGAGGCAAAAAGGGUGACAACAGUGAUGAUGAUGAUGAUAACGGUGAAGAAAAUAAACCUACGGUCAAUUCAAAAGUGAGGAAAUAUAUUGCCAGUGUUUCUAUAUGCAAAGGAGUCCCUAUCUAUGGUUUCCAAGUGGGAUACCAACUUUUUUACAAGAUUUCCCUACUAUCUCCACUAUAUAAAUCCCGUUUAACCAAGUUGUUCCAGGAAAAGAAAAUAUCAUUAUACAGAAUAGGAAUGGUAGAGAAAGAAAAUGUGAUUUAUCACCCAGAACCACAUUAUGUGUACGAAGGUCACAUACCAUACCUUCUACAGUUUUUGACCGACUUCAAUUUAUUUGGUUGUGGUUGGUUGAAUAUUGAUAAAGAUUAUAUCGAGAAGGGAAAUGCCAAAACACGUGGAUUGUAUUUCCGAUCCCCGAUCCUAACAGAUCUUCAUAAAACAGGAUACGACCGAAAUCAGAUACUGGUUUUGAGCCGUUAUUUAUCAAAGUUUAUCUCUGUUGACAAUGUAUUGCGUAGUGGGGAGAACAGAAAUGGCAAACCUUUACCAUUUAAUCGGGUAGGCAAAUCAAUACUUGAAAUUGAUAUUACUUCUGGAAGUAUAGUCAAUAGAAGCUGGUUGGUUCCCAGAGAGUUGCACGAUGAUUUCAUAGAGAGAGACGAGUUUAAUUUAUAUAAACAGGCAACUGAUGCAGGUGAACUUAAAUAUGGAUAUAAAUAUGAUAAUGAAGGACAUCCUAGAAUAUAUUUAUCAUCCUUAAAACAAAUUUACAAUGACUUGAAAUUUCAGUGCCGAUCUAGGAACUCAUUGUUUGAUGUUUCUACUGAUGCAUUGCAAACAUCCAAAAUAUCGUAUUUCGGAACAGGCUCUUCAACCUGGUCCAAUGACGAACUAAAUCGAGACUUGUUAGAUUACGUUGUCAAACUAAACGGGAAACUGAAACUUGAUUUACAUGGAUUUUCACAAAAAAUAUUAAAAGUAAGAAGGUUGCAGCAAGAAGGUGGUGAUCCAUUAGAAAAAUUCCCAACAUCGUUUGAUCUUGUGGAUAUCGAGAAAGUAAAGCAAUAUCAUAAUUUUCAGAUGAGAUACGAUUAUGAGUUAAUUAGAUGGAAUGAUUAUGAUAGCUUGUUUGUUUCACAACCAAGUUUGGUACAAGAUCAUGUUUCAGAUCAACAUCAACCCGAUUCAUUGUCUUCAGAUACUGAUUUCUCUGAUAUCGAUAUUAACGAUUUUCUCAACCCUGAUGAAAAACCAAAACAGAAAGAGAAUGAACUAGAUGAUCAAGAGAUCAUACCAGUCGAGGAUGAACAACAAAAAGAUAAUGGAAAUAUUGAUGAAGAUGAACUAGAGUUGACCCAGUUACAUCAGUUCGAUGAAAGUAUUCUUAAAGAAAUGAGUCAGAUCAAACCUACAGCAGUAUCAAAUCAUUUUGGAGUAGAUCAAUUGUCCUUUAUUGAGGAUUUUUCAUUCCCUCCAACUCCUGAACAGCCACCAAUGAAGAAUUUAAAAGUCACAGAUAAUACAUAUGAAAUUCCAGUACCUGAUCUGUUAUACCCAGAAAAUUGUGAUGACGCAUUUCUGUAUUCUGGAAUAUUGAAAAUUAAUUAUGAUGACCCAUUCUAUGAUAACACUGACGAUGUUCAACCGCGUCCAUUAAUUUUUGCUAAUCAAAAGAUUGUUGUCCCAAUGAAAGAUGAAUCGCUGAUUCCACCAUUGGAGAUGUCGAAAUUAAUUCGUGAAGAAGCUAACUCAAAGAAUAUGGCAAAAUCUGGGCAAUUCCGAACCUGGCAGUACCUGCUUGAACCACCAACCAAGAACGAUAUCAAGUGUUGGCUCAAAACUGAAGAAGCUAACACCUUGAGAAAGCACUUGAAAUAUAGAUCACAAAUUGAACCCGGUAAAUCACAAGGUGGUGAUUUUAAAUGUUCCUAUAAUUCUGUUAAAGUAUCCAGAAAACCAGACGAGUUUAACUAUUUAACUAGCUUUCAUUUGGAAAUCCAUGCAAACCCACCCAAUUCUAAACUUACAGUAGAUCCAUUGCGUGAUCCUGUUUGUCUUAUUAUUUAUUCCUUCGAUGAUGCUAAUGUGAUGUUUGAUCAUUGUAAAUUCAAAUCUGGAAUAUUGAUGUUUGACAAGACCAAGAGAAUUGAUGAAAAUACUAUUAGUUUAUUGUCCACGACAUUGGAUCAACAUAUUGAGAUUUUUGAAGAUGAGUUGGAGAUGUUUGCAAAACUUGUGAAUUUGGUUGAACUUUUUGAUCCGGAUAUUUUGUCUGGAUAUGAGGUCAAUUCCAUGUCUUGGGGUUAUCUUGUCGAAAGAUCAAAAAUGGUUUUUGAUCUCAAUUUAAUGGCAAAUCUAAGUAGAGGCAAUUUCAAAAGUAAUGGGAAAUUUGGAGAUCGCUGGGGAUAUACUCAUACAUCCAAUAUCGAGAUUUCCGGUAGACAUAUGUUGAAUGUGUGGAGAAUUUUGAGGAGUGAAAUGAGUUUAACUAGUUAUUCAUUGGAGAAUGUCACCUAUCAUUUGUUACAUCAUACUUUACCGAAAUAUCUGAACUAUCAAUUGUCUCAGUGGUUAUCUAAAAAGAGAUUUAGUGAUAUAGUGAUUGUUUUAUCGUACUAUACUGAAAGAGUGAAUACCAUUCUUAAAAUAAUUAACGUACAAGAGCUAAUAACGAGAAAUGUGGAGCAUUCAAGAUUAAUUGGGAUUGAAUUUAAUUCAAAUUUCUAUCGAGGUUCUCAAUUUAAAAUUGAAUCUAUUUUAUCAAGAAUAGCCAAACCAGAGAGUCUAUUGUUGAACUCUCCUUCAAAGCAGGAUGUUCAUGAAAUGAGACCAAUUGAAUGUAUUCCCUUGAUUCUAGAGCCAAAAUCAAAUUUUUACAAGUCUCCAUUGGUGGUGUUGGAUUUUCAAUCUUUAUACCCAUCAAUUAUGAUUGCUUAUAAUUAUUGUUAUUCUACUUUACUCUGUAAAUUACAUAACUACAAACCGAGUAAGAAUGACAUUGGGUACCUCAAAAAUUUGAAACUUGCUCCUGGAUUGGUUGAUUUGUUAAUUAAAGAAGAUGGUGUUAAUAUUUCUCCAAACGGAUUUGUAUUUGUCAAGAGCCAUAUUAGAAAGUCAAUAUUAGCGAAGAUGUUGGAAGAAAUUUUGAAUAUCAGAAUUAAAGUCAAAGAAGUUAUGAAACUUUUCAAAGAUGAUACAGAAUUAACCAGGUUGUACAAUGCUAGACAGCUUGCAUUAAAGUUGAUAGCUAAUGUUACGUAUGGUUAUACAUCUGCAACUUUUAGUGGACGUAUGCCCAACUCGGAUAUAUCCGAUGCUAUUGUUUCAACAGGUAGAGAAAUUCUCAACAAGUCUAUUCAAAUGAUUGAAGCUGGUAAAUAUGGGGCUAAAGUAGUUUAUGGUGAUACAGAUUCGUUGUUUGUUUAUUUUCCUGGUAAAUCCAAAUCCGAAGCAUUCAUAUUAGGUAAAGCAAUUGCAAAAGAAAUUACAGAUUUCUUUCCUGACCCAGUUAAGUUAAAAUUUGAAAAAGUUUAUCAUCCAUGUGUACUACUAGCCAAAAAAAGAUAUGUUGGAUAUUCUUAUGAAUACGAAGAUCAAGCAGUGCCUAAAUUUGAUGCAAAGGGGAUAGAAACAGUUCGACGAGAUGGAAUACCGGCCCAACUGAAAAUGACAGAGAAGACAUUAAGAAUUUUAUUUGAAACCAAGAAUCUUUCCAAAGUUAAGAAAUAUACAAUUGAACAAUUCCAUAAAGUCAUGAUGAACAAAGUAUCUGUUAAAGAUUUCUGUUUUGCCAAAGAGGUGAGAUAUGGUACAUAUAAAAAUGAAAAGCACUUGCCUCCAGGAGCACUUAUUGCCAGUAAAAUGGUUGAAGAAGAUCCACGGAAAGAACCGCAAUAUCGUGAGAGAGUACCCUAUGUGGUUUAUAAAGAUAUUACUAAACCAAGAAUUAAAGAUAGAUGUAUAACUCCUGAAGAGUUUAUCAAUUCCUAUCAAACAAACAAACCAUAUGAGCUAGAUGCCGAGUAUUAUAUCACACGUGUUUUGGUACCACCGUUGGAAAGAAUAUUCAAUUUAAUUGGAGUUGAUGUUCAAGGAUGGUAUAAACAAAUUCCAAAAAGCAAUCGCGGGAUUGACAUUCGACAUCAUGCUGCUUAUGCUGAUGUGUGUUUAAUAUGUGGGAAAAGUUUAGACUGUUCUGGGAAUAUUUGUGAGAGUUGUUUUCAAGAUGGACAACAGUUAAUAACUGAUAUCAAUAUGACAACUCAUGAUACAGAAACUAAAAUCAUUGAACUAGAGAAUACAUGUCGUGAUUGUGUUCAUAGAGCAAUUAAACCAGGAACUAAAAUCAGUGAGUAUACUGAUAGCUGUAUUAAUGGAGAUUGUUCAGUAUAUUAUAAUAAAUCCAAGCUUAAUAAUGAGUCGAGACAAGUUUUUUCAAAACGGGAUAAAAUAUUACUAGAAUGGUAA